AUGCUGGUCCCAAUCCUGCUAUUAUUAUUUUAUAAUAUCUGUGAUGCAUACAAAAUUCUUGUCGUCAAUCCAAAAUUAGCCUACAGUCAUAUGAGGUUCAUGGGAAAAAUCGCUGACGUCCUCGUGGAUGCUGGACACGAUGUGGUAACUCUGCAGCCUGUACUUGCUCCAUAUCCAUCGAACGGCACCACAAAAUCGCGACUAAUUCAAAUGGAUGUCGAUAGUAGCGACAUUGCACCCUUCAUAACCAUGUUGCAAAAGGGUCAAAAAGAGAAAUGGACUGAUAGCGCUACGAAUCCUUUUACAUUUUCAAGGCCAAUCCCCAUGUUCAAAAAAAUCAUAUCUGCGACUGUGGCAAGUGAGUAA